AUGAACUCCGACCUGUUCAGAGGAACACUUGAGCCUGUGGAGAAAGCCAUGAGAGAUGCCCGACUGGACAAGUCACAGAUCCAUGAUGUUGUCUUGGUGGGUGGUUCCACAAGAAUCCCUAAAAUCCAGAAGCAGCUCUCAGAUUUCUUCAAUGGCAGGGACCUGAACAAAGGCAUUAACCCUGACGAGGCCGUGGCCUAUGGCGCUGCAGUUCAGGCUGCCAUCCUCAUGGGUGACAAGUCUGAGAACGUCCAGGACCUGCUGCUGCUGGAUGUGGCCCCACUGUCUCUGGGCAUUGAGACGGCCGGAGGAGUCAUGACCGCCCUCAUCAAACGCAACACCACCAUCCCCACCAAACAGACCCAGACCUUCACCACUUACUCAGACAACCAGCCAGGUGUUCUCGUCCAGGUGUAUGAAGGAGAGAGACCCAUGACCAAGGAUAACAACCUGCUGGGCAAGUUCCACUUGACAGGUAUCCCCCCAGCCCCACGCGGCGUGCCCCAGAUCGAAGUGACCUUUGACAUCGACGCCAAUGGAAUCCUCAACGUGUCAGCUGUGGACAAAAGCACAGGCAAAGAGAACAAGAUAACCAUCACAAACGACAAAGGCAGGUUGACCAAAGAGGAGAUCGAAAAAAUGCUGCAGGAAGCCGAGAAAUACAAAGCAGAGGAUGACGUUCAGAGGGAGAAGAUCACCGCCAUCAACUCCCUGGAGUCCUACGCCUUCAACAUGAAGAGUAGCGUCGAGGACGAGAACAUGAAGGACAAAAUCAGUGAGGAGGACAGGAAGACGGUGGUGGAGAAGUGCGACGAGGCCAUCUCCUGGCUGGAGAGCAACCAGAUGGCUGACAAGGAGGAGUUUGAGCACCACCUGAAGGAACUCCAGAAGGUGUGCAGCCCCAUCAUCUCCAAGCUGUACCAGGACGGAGUGCCAUCGGGCGGCUGUGGCUCUCAGCAGGCCCGCACUGACUCCAGCUCUACCAACGCCUCACAGGGCCCCACCAUUGAGGAGGUGGAUUAGUGCUGUAGAACAGGGCUAUUCAAAUGGUGGCCCUGGGGCCCUUGGAUGGCAAGAUUCUGGCCCCCCACAAGCCCCUUGAAAUAUGGAAUCUUUCGGAAUUUAGAGAUAAAAGUAUGGGUUCCGUAUGGAG